CCAUAUUUUAGUUGCUUAUAAGCAGCCUAUAAUUAUGUACUGUAUGGUAACACUUCUAUCGUUUGGUAAGCCGUACAGUAGUUCAAUUGGACCAAACGUAGUUGCUUUCAUCGUAGUGAUCUCGGUAGGAAUAGUUCAAGCUUGAAAUGUGAGGUUCUGGGUUAGUUAUUUUUGCAAUUUGAAUUUGUAUUUUGUAAACAUGUAUCGCGGAGCCCUGUCUCUAAUAUCAAACUACGGCGGUGAUAGUUCAGAUGAAGAAAUUCCCAAUGGGAGGGUAUCGGUAAAACGUUGUGCUUCCGAAGAGGACGUUUCAAAUAAGCGUUUACCUGUUCCAGAUAUAAUAUGUCGGGAUGUUAAAUACGACGUGCCAAUCGACGAUCCCUCAAUACACAACGGUCGGAUACGUUCCUUUCCACACGAACGUGGCAAUUGGGCUACUUACGUUUACAUACCUUAUGAACCUAACGAGUCUUGUAUUAACGAUUUGGUUGAACAUCUGAUAAGCGGUUUGUCACAAUUUUCGUUUCAUGCAAUGGACAAUUUUCACAUUAGCUUAACACGAACAGUUAUUUUAAAACAUCAUUGGAUCGAAUUAUUUAUUAAAUCUGUGAGAGAAAAGUUAUCAUCGUUUAGAAGGUUUGUGAUCGUUUUUGAUUCGUUAAAGGUAUAUUGCAAUGAAGAACGUACACGAACAUUUUUAGCGAUUCGAAUUGGAAGUGGAUAUGAUACGUUAACUAAAUUAAUAGAGAGUCUUGAUAACUGUUUAGCCGAAUUUCAUUUACCACCUUUUUACACCGAACCUUCCUUUCACAUGAGCGUUGCGUGGUGUGUUGGAGAUUAUGAAAGAGAAGUAAACGAAGUGCUUCCAAAUUUAAACACAAUCUUUCAACAAUUAUUCUUAAACCAAGUUCAAAGUAAUUGGUACAAUCAUGUAACAUAUAUCGGAUGCAAAUGUGGGAACAAGAAAUUUACAUUUAACUUGACUUAAAUAAAUGCAUUUUUUUUCACAA